AUGGCCACAACGCAUGACUUCGAGGGCCUGUGGAGUGAGGCCGUUGACAGAUACAUCGACUCCACCAGUCGGACACUCUCUGAGCAAGGUCUACUCAAGCAGUUAAAAAGUUCGAAAGAACUAGAAGAACAGCUUGUAAAAGACCAUCUCAGUUUUACUAGCUUCCGGGCAAAACGUUCCAAGAUUACUGGGAGGAUUAAAAAGGCUGUGAAGCCUUUUACAGUGAUUUCAGCUGUUGCCUCUAGUGCAAUCUCACUCUCCCCUUUCGCCCCUGCUUCGACGAUAUUUGGUGCUGUUGUCUUUGUCAUACAAGCCGCCGAUGGAGUAUCAGAGGCGUAUGACUGGAUUGACGAACUUUUCAAUAAGCUCGGCGACUUCACAGUCCGCCUGGAGGAGUACUGCAAAGAAAGUAUGAGUCCACGCCUGGAGAAAAAGGUAGUCCAGAUUCUGGGAUGUUUACUGGAUAUUCUCGCCCGUUCUGAGAAGACAAUUAAAACUGGCCGAUGGAAAAAAUAUGCUGCCGCGCUUUUCUUAGGAGCGGAUGAGGUGACCAAGGCCUCCUUUGACAGACUGGCGAAGCUUUUCGAAGACGAACAACGACUUAUUAGUGCAAUUACGUUUGCAACCAAUCAGAGAAUGGACAAGAGGAUUGAGGAAAUUGACCAGGCUGUGAGGCAAACACAUCGCGCAGCAACAAAUGCUGAAAUCGGUGUGGAUGCAAUCCAACAAAGUCAACGUCGCGACACAAUCCUGAAUUGGAUAUCAUCAGCCGAUUUCCCAUCUCAACAAUCUGACGCCAUUAACAAGAGACAAGAAGGGACUGGGCAAUGGUUUCUUGAUGCUUCCGAAUUUAACAGCUGGAUUCGUGGAUCAAAGCAGACCCUGUUCUGUCAUGGAAUGCCCGGGGCUGGUAAGACGAUUGUGGCUGCCAUGGCCAUUAACCACCUUUUUAGGACGAUACAAAGUAGCGCCAACGGAGUUGUAUACAUAUACUGCGAUUAUAAAAUGCGAGGAGAACAAAACGUCCCCAGUCUCUUCGCUGCAAUCCUCCGGCAACUAGUGCAGGCCCAACAAUUAAUCCCGGAUGAUGUGUUACGUCUACAUGAGGAUCAUUCAAGGGAAAGGACCACAUUAUCGUACGAUGAAAUCUUCGCUACCCUACGGUCUACACUUAAGAAUUACUCAACAGUUCACCUUGUUAUCGAUGCUCUGGAUGAAUUGCUGGGCCGCCAAGACGGCACUCUCAGCCAACUUCUGGCCAAGAUCCGUGACCUCCAAAAGGAUGCGAAUCUCAAUCUAAUGAUCACCUCGCGAUUUAUUCCCGAACUAAAAGAGGAGUUUGAACAUGCAACAAAACUGGAGGUUCGAGCAAGUAAUGGUGACGUGAGAAAAUUUGUCGCAGACCAGAUUUAUCAACUUCCAAAAUGUAUUCGAGGUGACGAAGAGCUGCCGAGCGUAGUGGAAGAUAAUAUCGUUAAAGCAGCAGAUGGCAUGUUCCUUCUCGCUUGUCUCAGUGUAGAUUUGCUGCGAGAUACAACCACCAAGAAGCAGGCCAAGUCUACAUUGGAGAGAAUCUCAAAGAAUUUUCAGGGUUCUAAACGACGACUCGCACAAGUAUACGACGAAUUAUAUUGCAAAACAAUCAAGCGAAUAGGGACCCAACCAAGCAUGAAGCGUGCAUUAGCUCGUAAUGUCCUCUCCUGGAUUACCUAUGCAGAAAGGCCGCUCACGGUUGAGGAACUACGCCAUGCGGUAGCUGUUGAGUUCGGUGAUAAAUAUCUCGAUGAGGAUAACAUGCCGGAUGUGGAAGAAAUUACCACCGUUUGUGCUGGCCUUGUUGUUGUGAACGAGGCAAAUAAUAUUAUUCGCUUCGUCCACUACACCACCCAAGAAUACUUUGAGCGGAUCCGAGAGAAGUGGAACCGAGGUAUUAAGGUCAAAAUUGCGUCCUCUUGUCUCACAUAUCUCUCAUUCAAUGCUUUUAGGAGCGGCAGCUGUGGCAGUUACGAAGAAUUCCAGAACAGACUCGAGCAGUACAAGCUCUUGGAUUAUGCUUCUCGAUAUUGGGGCCAGCACGCGCGUACGGUCCAGGAGCAGGUGUCUGAGGCAGCAUUCCUUUUCCUAAAGGACAACAAUCUGGUUUCCUCCGUUAUACAGACCGCGACAAAUCCACAAUCGGGAGCCAUACGCUUUAGUCAGGAUUUUCCGAGACACGUAACGGGCUUGCAUUUAACAGCUGGGCUUGGAUUGCGAUAUUUUUCGGACUGUUUGUCCUCACAGCCGGCCGCGAAUAUCGACAACGUACUUAAUCCGAAGGACAGUCACGGUCGGACACCGCUACUGUGGGCUGUAGACUACAGUCAUGAGGCGGUGGUGGGGCUGCUACUGGGCAAGGGCGCCGUGGUCGACUCGAAAGACAAUGGCGGUCGGACACCGCUACUGUGGGCUGCAGACUACAGUCAUGAGGCGGUGGUGGGACUGCUACUGGCCAAGGGCGCCGUGGUCGACUCGAAAGACAAUGGCGGUCGGACACCGCUAUUGUCGGCUGCAGCGACGGGCCGUGAGGCGAUUGUGGACCAGUUACUCGCCAAUGGCGCCGAGGUUGAUUCAAAGGACAAUAGCGGUUUGACACCGCUGUCGUGCGCUGCAUUGGGGGGCCGUGAGGCGAUUGUGGACCAGUUACUCGCCAAUGGCGCCGAAGUUGAUUCAAAGGACAAUGGCGGUCGGACACCGCUGUCGUUGGCUGCAGAGCGGGGCGGUGAAGUUGUGGUGGGCCGGUUACUCGCCAAUGGCGCCGAAGUUGAUUCAAAGGACAAUGGCGGUCGGACACCACUGUCGUGGGCUGCAACGAUGAUCCGAAAAGAAGCGAUGAGAGUACUACUUGACAAGGGCGCUGAUAUGGAAUGUAAGGAUAAACAUGGUUUCACGCCGCGAGAGUACUUCCAUACGGUGUGA